AUGGGCAAGCAGGCCAAGUCGACCAAGAAGUUCGAAAAGAACCAGCUCAAAGGAACGAUCGACCGCAGAAAGGAAUUUGCCAAAAUCAAGCAGAGACAUCAGCAAAAUGCAAAGAGAAAGGAGAGAUCCGCCAAAAGAGCAGGUAAAGCCGCGGAAGACUCAGGUUCCGAAGGAGACUCAGAUCAAGAUGUUGGCCCUGACAUGAAUGAGGACGAAUACUUCCAAGAAGCGAUUGAUAUCCCGGAGCUGGAGCCAAAGACGAAUGGGAAGAGUAAACCCUCAAAGCGCAAGAGAGACGAGCAGCAGGAGCAGCCAGAUAUACCCAGCGACCCUGAAAGUGCUGCAUCAAACGACGAGGACGACCACAAAGACCAGCUAGCGGCCUUGGCUGAAAAAGAUCCCGAGUUCUACAAAUACCUACAGGAGAAUGAUGCGGAGUUACUGGACUUUGACGAAGAUGAUGACCUGGCCGAGGUAGACGACCUUAGUGAGGAAGAACCACCAAGCAAAAAGCAGAAGACUACGGGCGCAGAAGAUCCUAGUGCAUCAAUAGACGUAACGUUGGCUAUGAUUGGUAAAUGGAAGUCCUCCAUGGCUGAUGCCAACUCCAUACGAUCAUUGCGACAAGUUGUCCUAGCCUUCCGCGCAGCUGCUCAUGCAGACGAUGAAGAAGACAAAGCAUUUCGAUACUCGAUUCCGAGUCCAGAGGUCUAUCACGAGAUCUUGAUUACUGCAUUGAAGCAAGUUCCCAUCGUCCUGGCUCAUCAUCUACCGGUCAAAGAAUCUGCAAGUGGAAAGCUGCGCAUUCCCACCGAUUCACCCAAAUUCAAGACGCUGGCGCCACUCAUCAAGUCACACGCCUCCUCCCUAUAUCAACUUCUGCGCAGUUUGUCGGACACCAACACAUUGAGAUUGACACUUCAAUCUUUCGAACCCUUAUUGCCCUACCUUCUACAAUUUCGCAAAUUCCUCAAAGUCAUUACCAAAGCUGUUGCAUCUGUAUGGUCGGACAACUCAUCCGAUGAAGCAACCCGAAUUACUGCCUUCCUCGUGAUCCGGCGCCUCAUGGUUAUUGGCGAUGCAGGCAUCAAAGAGACAGUACUCAGAUCAACCUACGAAGGCGUCGUAAAAGGUAGUCGAAAUACAACCAUUCACAGUCUUGCUGGGAUUAACCUGAUGAAGAACUCUGCUGCCGAGCUAUGGGGUAUCGACCAAAAGGUCAGCUAUACGACCGGAUUUACCUUCAUCCGCCAGCUCGCGAUUCAUCUUCGUGGGAACAUCACCAAACCUACCAAAGACUCCUACAAAACGAUCUACAACUGGCAAUUCGUGCAUUCACUUGAUUUCUGGUCACGGGUGUUGUCAACCCAUUGUAAUUCGCUUCUAGAAGCAGAAAAUGGCAAGCAAUCACAACUUCGACCAUUGAUUUAUCCCGUCGUUCAAGUUACUCUGGGUGUGAUGAGACUGAUCCCAACAUCUACAUAUUUCCCUCUUCGGUUCCUAUUAAUGCGUGCCUUGUUGCGCAUUUCUCAGGCAACAGAAACAUACAUUCCACUCUCGGCAGCAUUACUCGAGGUCCUCAAUUCAGCAGAAAUGAAGAAGCCCGCAAAAGCGGGGACCCUCAAACCGCUUGAUUUCGCCUCAAAUAUAAGGGCACCGACCUCAUACCUAAAAACCAAAGUCUACCAAGAAGGCGUGGGCGAGCAGGUAGCCGAGCUAUUUUCGGAGUUUUUCGUCCUCUGGACCAAGAGCAUCGCAUAUCCCGAGCUCCAAUUACCCACGGUCGUCAUGCUCAAGCGCUGGAUUAAAACAGCCUCCAAGAGCGACGGCAACCGGAAUGGAAAGCUCAACCAAGCACUGUUACUACUGGUGCAAAAGUCAGAGGCGAAUGCGCGAUGGAUCGAGGAGCGGAGGAACAAGAUCAAUUUCUCGCCCAAGGACCGCGGCGAGGUGGAGAGUUUCUUGAAGGACGUGCAAUGGCAGGACACCCCGUUGGGGGCUUUCGUCGUGGCGCAGAGGAAGCAGCGCGAGGAGCGGAAGGAGGUCCUCGAGCAGGGCCGCAAAGAACAGGAGCGCAGGAAGAAGGCCGAGAUUGAAGAUGAGGACAAUGAUAUCGAGAUGACUUGA